UCGGGCGGGAGAACGCCAGUCACCCAGUGAAAGCCCGUCUGGCCGGUCGACAUGACUGUGCCCGUUCUUGAGGCGAAGCGCUUCGUCCUGCAGGCCAUGGUGGCAGUGGGCACCGUCCGGCAACACGCACAGCAGUUGGCAGACGUGUUGGUAACUGCCGAUUACAUGGGCCACUACAGUCACGGCCUCAACCGGCUAGAAAUGUACAUCGCCGACAUAGAAACCAAGACCACGGACCCAAACGCCCACCCAGCUGUGCUGAAGGAGUCCCCCGCCACGGCCUGGGUGGACGGCAACAAUGGACUAGGCCCCGUGGUUGGUAACUUCUGCAUGCAGCUCGCCAUCCAGAAGGCCAAGGCCGCUGGCGUGGGCUGGGCUGUUGCAAAAGGCUCUAACCACUACGGGAUCGCGGGCUGGUACACGAGGACGGCCUUGGAACACGGCCUACUGGGCAUGUCCUUCACAAACACGUCCCCACUGAUGGGCCCCACCAGAGCCAAGGAGGCAGCACUGGGAACUAACCCCUUAUCCCUAGCCGCUCCAGGGAAAAACGGCGACAGCUUCGUUCUGGACAUGGCGACCACAGCAGUGGCUGUCGGAAAGAUAGAGGUGCAGCGCAGAAAGGGAGAACCCAUCACAGAGGGCUGGGCGCAGGACCCGGAGGGGAGAAGCACCACAGAUGCAGACCUCGCUUUCAAGACGGGCUGCCUCAUGCCUCUUGGGGGUUCUGAGAUCACGUCCGGGUACAAGGGCUACGGAUUGGGUCUCCUCGUGGAGACCUUAUGCGGCAUCCUUGGUGGAUCUGCGUUCGGACCCAAUAUUCGACGCUGGAUGGAGCACACGGAUAGACCUGCUGACCUGGGCCAAUGUUUCGUUGCCAUCGACCCGCAAUGCUUCGCUCCUGGGUUCAAUGACCGGAUGAGCACUCUCAUGGACUAUCUAAGAGGCUUGCAGCCGGUGGACUCCUCAAAGCCUGUGUUGGUGCCUGGCGACCCUGAACGUAACCACAUGAAGAUGGUGGAUCAGCAAGGAGGAAUACAAUACCACGAUAACCAGCUUAAAGCGUCCGCUGCUCUAGCCAAGAGACUGGGCAUCACACCAAUUGAAGUAAAGUAGAACGCACUGCAGUAGCAUUAUUCCAUUGCUACAAAUUGGUCUUCAAAACACAAAGUUGUAAUGUGCUUGCUUUAUAGUCACUGUUCGCUUCAGUUCAUAUAUUUGUUCAAUACAGCUGUUACAGCACUGGGAUGAAAGACUCGGUGAAAUUUCGACCAAACUUCUUGCUACCCGUACCUCUGCGCUACACUACAUCACACGCCAAAUGAAUGUGCAACAUCUACAUUAUGCCCAGCAUGAUGCAAAAGUUACAACCUUCUUAUAAUUCUGACCCGAAAUUUCAUUUAGCAGUUGUCUGUGUAACAGGAGGAUCAACCUGCAUGAUAAUUGGCUAUCGCAAUGCACACAAGCGUGUACCUCAUCAUAUGCUAGGAAUCAACUGCAGCAGCUUCAAGUGAACUUACUCAUAUGGGAAGCUGAUGGCAUUCUGUUGGUGUAAUUGAUGUCAGGCGCAUGACAAACUUGUUACUGACAUUAAGACUGCAGCUAUUGUUUGGAGGGAAAGCAAAAUUUGGUGGCUAAUAAUAAAAAUUCUGUACUUUCAUGACUGUAUACUGCAUUUUGGGAAGCCCAUAACCAAUAAGGGCAUUUUGUAACAACAACAACAAAUAAGAGUUCAAACUGAAAAUAAAACAACGAAAGCAUGUGGCAAAUCAGUAUGGGUGAAACACAAAAUGACAGGACCCAAGACCUGCCUCACUACAGACAUGUUUCAGCUACCACAUGAAAUUCAAAGGCCCUAAAACAUUCUACAGUAGCUGAACUUGCCGACUGCAACAUGGCUCUUGUACCUCCAUGCCAGCUACAGGAGGGUGACACUAUAAACCAUUUCUCCCUGUAAUGCAUGCAGUCAGAUUGGAUUCUGAAACAAUCCAUGACUAUUCUGCCAUGACGCAUAAGAUUUAAAUGUUGUCUACGGAAAAUGGAGAGACAGACUUGGCUGUACCACAUCACUGUUGGUAAACACUCCCAAACCUAAGGAUCUGGGACAUGAGCAUCACAUAUUGUGCAAUAUUGCCCAUCUGUAUCUGGCAUAGUUCGGUAUGUAACCAUUGUUCUGUCAUACCAAAUAAAAACUGUUGCCUUCUUACCGUUUGGCGAGACCAGCAGGUGGUGAGUGUUGUUGGUAAGUGAAGCUGGAUUUGCCUCUUGCAGAAUAUCAGUCACACUAACAUAAUACACUGCAAUGGGACUGUGUACUUCACAUCUCAAUAGCAGUUAUUUCCUGAAGACCACGUGCAAAACAAUCAACUGUUCCACUUCUGCUUCAUGUCUCAUGAUGUUAACAGCCACAGUACAACUGGUACCUGUCAAUAAAGUUUCAUUCUUCUUGAAACAGUUUUUGGACAAACACUUAUCCCUGCAGAACACGAUUAUUUCUCUGUUAAUGUGACCCCCCCUCAAUCCAGGAGGAGGACAUCAACAUACAUCUGAUUCUAUAGAAUAGAGUCCAUUUAGUUGGUCAAAAACUACCCACAUUUAUAGAACAUGAAAGUUCAUUAUGUUGAAAAAAGCCUGUCAACUUCAAAAGAAAUUAACAGCCUAUAUAAAAUGUGGAAAUUAUUUGUGUCUGUAACUCCAAACUUCUGGAUGGACAAUGAAACAAAUUCAGGCUGAAAAACACAUAAAUGCAAAGUGUAAUGAAGUGAAAAUGGCUUAUAUACAGGUAGCAAAUAGUCUAUUUGUACCUCUUUCUCUAUAGUUCAAUGAUGUAUGAAAUAAAUAAAAUAUAAUAUACAAUUGA